AUGGUCCAGAAUCUCCCCCCCUACACCCCCAUCAAAUCUCUCUCCCACGAGCUUGGGAUCAUGUUCGCCUUCAUCGCCGCCUGUCUUGCCGUGGUAGCCGUCUACGCGUAUUUCUGGCGAAUUGCACAGCAUCGCAACGCGGAGAAAGAACUCGCGCGCCGCAAGGAAUUACACGCCCGGGGCCUCCGUCGGGAGGGAUAUCCUGGGAGGACUCGGAACGAGAUCGGGGGUAUUAGUAUAUGA